CGACACACCGUCGUAUAAAAUCAAGCGCGCACUUGCAACAGCUUUUCAGUCCAGCUUGAAACGUGAUCGCAAGCAGAUUUAUACAUAUGUUGAUCUUCUCGGAGUGAUAGUGACAGUGUCGCCAGCAUGAUAUAAAGUAUGCGUUGCUAAUACAGUACAGUAAACAUUCAAUUACAAAAGUGUCACGCCCGUCAUAGUGCCAAACCGCUCGUAAUAACAACAAUAGAAAGAAAAAAAACAAUCCACAAAAAAACAUGGCCAACAGUGCCAGACGGAAAGUCGCCGCUAGGUUACGUGUUUCCGUGGCCAUCAUCUUUUGCCUUGCAGUUCAACUUGCCGAAAGUGUGCAGGCAGGUGAAGAUGAGUCGCCAGUCGUCAGCUACAUCAAUCGCGAAGCAGCGGGAAAGAAAAUUCUACCCGAUUUUACCACGGUACAGCUCGGGGAGAGUGUUCCGGAACAGUAUCGGGCAGCGGCAAACCGAUUCGCCCGGCUAUGGAAGGAACAUGUAACCGGAAUCAAAGGAUACGAUACAGUCAAAGAUGUGCCCUUCACGCUGAUAGUACCGGACAAUAUAGACGAUGCCGCUUUCGGUGGCAAUGAACCAAAAAUACGAGAAUUCUUGCUCGAGCAUGUGGUGCCCGGUGCGCUAGUUGAGGUGAAAGAUCAAAACACAUACCUUAACCUGAACCAGCACCCGGUGCAUGUGAAUCUGUCCUGCUUCGACAUGUUGAUGGCGUAUGAAAUUAACCAAAGCGCCAAAGUUCUCACCAAACGCAACAUUACGGAGCAUCUGAGUUUGGUGUUCAUUGUAGGCAACCUAACCGACUCGGAUAUUCAGAGUUCGUCCAUCAAUAAAUUCAACAAACGAAACAUUCAAGAAACGAACCGCUACAAUGAACCGCAACGACUGGAAAUGAAAAAUGCCACGAAGGAACUGGCGUCGAGCAAAGAAAAUCGCAUUGGACAACACUUGAUGAACUUCCUGAGCGGCAUGAAAUCGGGAACCAAAGUGUUUCAGCACUUUUUCUCCAGCUCCAACCUGAGCAACCUGAUGGAUGACAGCUCGUACAUGGUUUUCAUACCAUCGGACACGGCCUUCCAGCGGUGGCACCCCAUCGACUGGGGCUUUUAUCCCUUCAGUGUGCAGGAGUUUACGGAAAUGGUGCUGCGCAAUCACUUCGUGCGUACGAAACAUCCGCUUCGCAUGGCCGAUCUCCGGACGAUCCAUGCCGAUCAACGGUACAAAACGCUUGGCGGGGAAUACAUUGUACUUAAGAACAAACCUACACCUAACGUGAACAACGUUACCAUUUUGUCCGACUACACCCUCUCGAACGGCAUCGAAGUAUAUAUAUUGUCCGAAGUGCUCUUCGUUUCGGAAGCGGUAGUCUCACGCUUGCAUCAGAUGCACAAGGAUAAAGAAACGCCACCCCUGUUGGCUUUCCCCUGGUUUGGCGCACAAUUCCUGUCCCACUCAUUUCUGGCCCUAGAGCGUGACACACGGUUCACACAAAUUACACGGUUUCUUAAUACGGCCGAGAUUGCACAGUUCAUUUCUGGCUCUAAUUACACCUUUUUCGUCCCAACCGAUGAAGCGUUCGAGCGGUACAGUUUGGACCUACUCCCGGACAGCGUACUCGCCUCGGAGAAAGGGAUCAAAAUGUUGCUGAACCAUUUCGUUCGGGGCAGGCUGUACGAUCGCGAUCUAAAAGAUGGAGAACUGAUCGACACGAUCGGCGGUAUGCCCGUAAAGAUACAGCGAUCGUUCGAAAACACUGUCCGGGUGAACAGUGCCCGCAUUGUAGAGUCCGAAGUCUUCGUGUACAACCUUGGAACGAUGUUCUACAUCAACGACGUGCUUUAUCCUGAUUUGUUGAAGGAUGAAGUGAAGGCAGUCACAGAUUUGAAGAACGUCGAUAGGAACGUUCCCGACAGUGUUGGUGGUAACGAUGCGUACACAACGGAACAAAAUCCACCAGCGACCGAUCGUGCGACAUCCACCACCUUCCGGUCAUCGCUGUACGGUCUACUCACGACGAACGCCGACGUAGAGCUCGUCCCGCUGGAGGUUACCGAGUCGAGUAAAAGAAACAGUGACGAAGACAGCGCUCAACUGCAGGACGAUGAAAUCAUUACACCGAAAGCCCUUCCUUUGCGAUACUUCUACAACCCCAAGAAGUAAAACCACAUAUCGUACAUUUUCCCAUUUCUCAUCGUCUUGUGUCGACUCGACGGGGUUUUAUGUCUCGAGGGUAAUAUUAGCUAUCCACACGCAGUGUACAAUCUGCUGUAAGCAAAUAGAAUGUAGAAGACAGAAGAUGUUUGACUGUCGCACAACCGGAUGUUUGCAACAUUCGAUUUCAGUUGAAGUAUAAAUUCUUGUGCGUUUCCCUUCCAUUCAUAAUCCCUUAAGCCAGUACAUAGAGCGCUGUUAGUGCUGUUUGCCUUUUAAACAAAAAUGUCAUGAAUGAACGAGCGUCUUCAUAACAACAGUAGGUACACUCGAACGAGCAUAACCAAUGCAAAUUUUCAAGCCCAAAACUUUAAUGAACAAUAGAGUAGCAAUUAUGAUUACCAACUAGCCGCCAACAGUAAGAGUUAAUAAAUGCUAGAUCAUUUUAUAAAAUGGUUCCAACACGUAGAUUAAAAACGCCUAUCUGGGAGAGAAAAAAAUGCUCACAUGAGGCAUGCAUGGUUAUUUGAAAUAGGGAUCGUAACGAACCAAUGCAUUUCAUAGUAGCGAGGCAGCACGCUGCUUCGUUUAUAAUCAGUUCGCUGUUCCAGAACUUGCAUGAAAGAUUUCAACAAGCAUUAAUUGAAUAGCUGACGGUACCUUAGUACCUCAUAAACUCGUUCAUCGUCCUACGGGAAGACGGAGGGAGCAUCAAUUCGGUGAACUUCACACAUUCAAAUAGGUACUAGCAAUAAGUAUCUCAUUAAGUUAAGUGCAAUUUGGCAGUGCAUCUUCAUCUUCGGCCACAACAACAUCUUCGUCUAUUUAUGCUAUUUAUUUCUUGUAUAAUUUGAAUAUUUCUUGCUCGAAACGAACUCGCUCGGCUACGGUUCUCCUAUUAAAGUUUUUUUUUUGUUUUCCUUUGUUGUGAUCCAUCAGAUCCCACUAUCAUUCAUGUAAUUGCUCUAAUUAUGCUUUUUUUUAUUCUUAUAUCGAAACAUAUCAAAAGCUAUGUUAUGCAGUAUCAAUUAUCAUUAGAACGCAUCUAUACAUGAUAUGUGCAGUUGUUUACACAAACCUGAAGAAAAUUAUCACACAUAUUUUGAUAAAGUUUAGUUACUUCGUACGGUUUUUAAGACAUUGGAAACAAGAAAUCAAUAAACAUUUAUGAAAACAUGA